UCAUGGCCGCCGCAAACUUUGGCGAGCCGUCCCCACGGACAACUACAUACCCUCCUCUCGCCGCCCGCCCGAUCAAAAACACCAUCUGCCUGUUCGAUGUGGACGAGACGCUCAGUCCGGCUCGCAAUCCCGCCUCCCCGGAGAUGCUCACCACGCUCUCCGCACUCCGGCACAAAGUCGCCAUCGGCUUCGUGAGCGGCUCCAACCUCGCCAAAGCCCAAGAACAGCUCGGAAACCCGGCUGGGCAGCGCGUCACCGACAUGUUUGACUUUUGCUUCAGCGAGAACGGGCUGAUCGCGUACAAACUCGGCCACGCCCUCCCCGCGCAGAGCUUCAUCAAGUGGAUCGGCGAGGACCAGUACAAGGAGCUCGUGCGUUUUAUUUUGCACUACAUCGCCGAUCUGGAUAUCCCGUUCAAGAGGGGCACUUUCGUCGAGUUCCGCACGGGGAUGAUCAAUGUCAGUCCUGUUGGAAGGAAUGCGACUAAUGAGGAGCGCGCGGCGUAUGAGGAGUUUGAUCUGGAGCAUAGGAUUCGGGAGACGUUUGUUGAGAAGCUCAAGCAGAGGUUUGGGCAUUUGGGUUUGACCUAUUCGAUCGGCGGCAAGAUCUCGUUCGAUAUCUUCCCAGAGGGCUGGGAUAAAACCUACUGUCUACGACACCUGGAAAACGAUGCGAGACAGCCCGGAGGUGUCCACUACGAGACCAUUCACUUCUUCGGCGACAAGACCUUCCAGGGCGGAAACGAUUACGAGAUUUUCACCGACAGCCGCACCACUGGACACGUUGUCGAGGGUCCUGGGGACACUAUUAGGAUCGUCAAGGAGCUUUUCGGGGUUUGAAUUGAGCCCUCUGUCUAAGGGUUAAGGAGGAUAAGCCCCGGGUGUUUAAGGCGUUGGUAACGGGGCUAGUUCGGGGUCAUAAUGCAAGCAGAUGAAUUUGGUGUUGAGUGUUCAUAUCGCAUUCUAAGUUCACCACCUUGAUGAUGGACCAAGUACCUUAACUUACAUGUAGAUGGCCUGGCGUAUCUCCUAAAGCGGUUGGAGCUUUGCCAUACUCCAUCUACAACUUGACUGAACUGAACAUCAGAAUCAAUCGGCUUGAAACCUCUGAAUCUACUAGGUA